UCAGCUCGUCAAGGCAUGCCAGCAUGUGCUUAACUCCAGCAUCACCAAUUUGAGCCUUAUAUCCUUCCACGUCUUCUACUACGCUUCCCCAUCAGUGAGAGUUGGCACCAUGAUGUCAUGGUCCAACAAGGUGUAUCCUGUUCUGUUGUGGAGCCUGUUUCUGUUGUCUUCUGAGGGAUCUCAGAACCUCCCACUCACAGAAGACAGAGGCAGUAAAUCCACUGCACCGCCCCUGGCCUCCACAGAGUCAACCAGGCCUCUGACUUCUCCUUACACACUGGCUCAUCAUGGCCCAGACAGUAUCUUUACACCAAGACCCUCAGAGUUCACAAACAGCUCUACUAUCAUGGCCUCUGUUACCCAGGAAUCCUUUGAUAAACAUGGUGAUAUGAGCAUCAAUACAACAGCAACACAAAAGAGCGGUUCUUCUAUGGUGGAAAACCAUGAAGUGAUGUACAACAGCAGUACCCAGAGCAACUCACUUGCCCCUGGGUUAGGCACAACAACAUCUCACCUCCCCACCGACCAACCCACCAGCCAGACGUCCUCUUCCCAUGGGACAUCUAGCAGAUCUGACGUCUUGUCUCUUGGGUCUAACUCCACCACCACUCCCAGCUCUACAUCCAUCACAGGACCCUCCUUCUCUGGACCACUCUCCACCACAGGGCAUAGCUCCUCUACCAAUGAGUCAUCCUCUGCCACCUCCACCAUGGGGCCCUUAUCCAUCUCUGACCUCAACACAAUCACUGAACUUAACACCACAUCUGAGGUGUCCUCCACCACUGGGCCCUCCUCCACCUCUGGACCUUUCUCCAACAUUGUCUCAUCCUCCACCCCAGGGCCUAGCUCUACCAAUGUCUCAUCCUCCACCCCAGGGCCUAGCUCUACCAAUGUCUCAUCCUCCACCCCAGGGCCUAGCUCUACCAAUGUCUCAUCCUCCACCCCAGGGCCUAGCUCUACCAAUGUCUCAUCCUCCACCCCAGGGCCUAGCUCCACCAAUGUCUCAUUCUCCACCCCAGGGCCUAGCUCUACCAAUGUCUCAUCCUCCACCCCAGGGCAUAGCUCCACCAAUGUCUCAUCCUCCACCCCAGGGCCUAGCUCUACCAAUGUCUCAUCCUCCACCCCAGGGCCUAUCUCUACCAAUGUCUCAUCCUCCACCCCAGGGCCUAGCUCCACCAAUGACUCAUUCUCCACCCCAGGGCCUAGCUCUACCAAUGUCUCAUCCUCCACCCCAGGGCCUAGCUCCACCAAUGUCUCAUCCUCCACCCCAGGGCCUAGCUCUACCAAUGUCUCAUUCUCCACCCCAGGGCCUAGCUCUACCAAUGUCUCAUCCUCCACCAAUGAGACUUUCUCAACCACUUCUCUACCCAUCUCCACCACUGACAAUUCUACCAACUCCUCUUCUGGGGUCCUGAUAUCCAAGAUUAACACAAAGAAGUUCCCCAUCUUGACCACCAAGACAACGACCACCAUGACAACGUCACUUUCUAAAAAAGACAUUGAUCCAUCAGGGGGAGGGGGUCUGCCCUGCUCUCCUACCCGACGGGAUGGUCUGGUGAGCCAGUGUCUGAUUGCCAUUGCCUCCCUGGCUGCAGUGGCCACCUUCUUCAUGGUCAGCUGCAUCAUCCUCUGCACCAAGUACUCCUCCAGGAAGCACCGCUACAGAGUGGGCACAAACCAUCGGGGCACAGAGAUGGUGUGUAUCUCUGCCCUGCUCCACGAUGACAAUGAUCCCCAUUGGAGACCCCACAUCCCCAAGAGCAACGGAGCCCUGCUGCAUGGAACAGAGUUGGAUAGUGACGAGGAGGGGGGAGAUGAUGUAACCCUCCACAGCUUCCUCCCAGACAAUGAGCAACGACCAGAGUCUAGAGUCUAGAUAUGCAGACAGUGUCAGACUGUGUCACACUGUGUGAAGUGCUAUAUGGUCCAAUUACACAGGGUACACAACUCCAAGCCUGAAGGUUAAUGGUUAUCCCAGCCAUCUUAAAGUUUAUCAAGGGUAAGGAUUAAAAACAGAGACUGUGGGGGGCGUGUAAAACCUUUGUAGUUUUACUGCUUACUCUGGGGUAGAUGAGGACUUUUUUUCAUUUGAUGAGACUUUGAAUUGCACAUCUGACUGGUCGACUGCUAUCAAUAUACAAACUGUUGCUCUUAGAAUAUAUUUCAGCUUCCUCUUUGAAGUUGUUGGUUGGGCCUCGCUGCACAUCCAUCUACAGCAACCAGUAGAGGAAGAGACAGAAACCACAAAUGGAGAACCAAUGAUACGUUACUUUGUUGUGACGUGUUUACAGCAAAUAGUGACCAAGUUUGGAAAAGUCAGGUGGUCAAUCAUCCUCAAACGUAAUGCAACCCAAUGCAGCCUCUGAGUAGUUCUGAGUGAGAUUGAGUUUUUGCACCAUUGCACUGACAUGAUUCUGUUAAUAGUGAAGUUCCCCUAACAGGAUGAGAACAGUGAUGUAAAAAAGGUUUGUUACACGGACAGUUUACUAGAGAUAUUUAGGAUUCUAUAAUUGAUUUAUAGACCUGGAAUUAAAGUUCAUGUUAUUUUUAAAGAGAAUCGUUCCCGCACAUACACACUUACAGAGCUAUAAAAAAACCUGGACUGCUUAUGAUGACUCACUGUUCGUUUUGUCACUGGGUGCAUGGAGCUAUUUUGAGUUUUACGUGGUCAGAAUGUUAUAGCCUUCAAUGUUCUGAGUGGAAAUACAUGAUUUAAAAAAAUAUAUAUAUAUAUAUAUACAUUUAUAUAUAUAAAGUACC